AUGCUUCUUUUCAACAUCCUCACUUCCAUAUCAAUCGUUUCGGCUAGAACGAUCACAGUCGUCAAUUCAUGUUCGGAUACCAUCUGGCCUGCUCUUUUCACAGGAUCAGGUGACGCCCCUACUCAAGCUACAGGGUUCGAACUUGAUGCUGGUCAAUCCACCAGUUUUCCCGUACCUGAUAAUUGGACAGCUGGUAGAAUUUGGGCAAGGACGGGAUGUAGUGGUGGAACAUGCUUGAGUGGACAAUGUACUGUUGGAGCGGCAGGAGGUGAUACUUGUACGGGUACAGGUGUACCUCCCGCUACUUUAGCCGAGUUCACCUUGAGCUCUUCUGGAGGUGUUGACAACUACGACGUUUCUCUCGUUGACGGUUUCAACAUACCAGUCUCUAUCACCAGUGGAAGUUGCCCCACGGCAGAAUGUGCGGUAAACCUCAACACUCUUUGUCCUGCACCAUUGAGGAGCGAUAUCGAUUCUGGUGGUACCAAUUAUGGAUGCUCAAGUGCUUGUGUGGCUGGAUUGGGGAAUGAAGCUGGUGGAAAUAGGGAUUGUUGUACCGGUCAAUUUGGUACGCCUGAUCAUUGUAAAGCUGAUUGUGUGGAUUACUAUCAUUUAUUCAAGGAUAACUGUCCCAACUCUUACGCCGUGAGUGACUUCGUUGAAGCAUCAGGGACCGCCCUCUGGACUUGUCCAGCACCAGUGGGAUCCGCACCCGAUUACACCGUCACUUUCUGCGCUUCCGGGGCGGGUUACGUAGGUUCGACAACAGCUUCGGACAUGUACGAUUACAACACCGCACCUUCUUCUUGCGCCAGCGAAUGA